AAAAUCCUCCAAACUUUUAUCCCUAGAAAUAAACAUUAAGAAAACAUAACAGCACAAUAUCCACUAUUCUAACAUGACUUUGAACGGCCAAAAUAGAUUAUUUUCCAAUGUUAGCACGCGACGCCACCGUCCAAAAUUUCUUCCCGUUAAACCUUGGCGGUCACGUGAAGAUCUGUUGAUGGCUUGUGCAAAUGCCGCCAUUUAAAUAAUAACGUGGAAUGUCUUCAUGUGGUGUGACUUGACAGCAAUGUGAAAUAGCCUUAACAUUUUUUUCCUAAACAUCUCCUACCAAUCAAUUUUUUCACUUCUUGUUCCAAAAUAAAUUUUAUUUUGUACAGAAAAUAUUUCAACGAGAGAUUGUUAAGAAAUAAAUCAGUUCUAGACGGACAUUGGGAAACAUUUCAUACUGCCAACUGUCUGCUGUAAGUGUCCUGUAAAGUGGUGGCUGCAUUGCUGGUGGGGUGUAUCCAACUGUCAAUGUACGUCAUAUGCUGUGUGCUACAUGUAUUAGUGUGAAGUAAACGAGAGCGGAUUGGAACGUGGGCGAUUUCUGCAGAAUUACCGUGGUGGCUUGGCAGUUAUGGAUGGUUUUGGUGAUAAUUUCGAUCAACCUGAAGUUGAUCCAGCAGCAGAAUUCCUAGCUAGAGAACAAGAUCAACUUGCCGGAUUGGAGGAUGAAUUGAAUCCUGGAAAUGCACCACCUGCUGCAGACGAUGCCAUGUUUGGUGCACAAGGUUCCGCCCCUCUCACUGGUAGUUUUGAGAUGAUUGAUAAUUUUGGACAACAGGAUGGCUUAGGACCAGACCUUUUAUCAUCUGCUCCAGAAGGUGUUCCUUCAGAGGUGAAAGCAGAAUCAGAGCCACUUGAUGAAAUAUUUUCGACACCAACACCUCCAAAACCGGUUGUGAAGGAAGAACCAGAAAAAAUUAGGAAGUGGAGGGAAGAACAGAAGAAACGCCUUGAGGAGAAAGAUGCUAAUGAAGAAAAACGGAAGGAAGAACUACGGGAGCAAGCUAAGAAAGAGCUGGAAGAAUGGUAUAAGCAUCAUGAGGAGCAGAUAGCCAAAACAAAGGCAGCAAAUCGGAACGCUGAGAAACAAUUUGUUGCUGAAGCAGGAGAAAUUGAGCCAGGCACUGAGUGGGAGAGGAUUGCAAAGCUGUGUGAUUUCAACCCUAAAUCAAGCAAGACCAGUAAGGAUGUCUCCCGCAUGCGUUCCAUUAUUCUUCAGUUGAAACAGACUCCUCCUGCAGCUAAGCGUGCUUGAGGAUAUAGUCAGCAAACUGAAUAAACAACAGGUCACCUUGUAGUUUAGAAAUGUUAACUGUCGAUUCAUUACCUAAACAUGUAGAGGAAUAUCUGAAAAAUUCUAUAUUUUCAUGUUGAAAAUAAAUGCCUCACUUCAAUAUAAUGUUCAUUCAAAUCCUUAAGAUGACAUCCCUGAUGUUGUACCACUCUUCUGAAAAUAGUUAAAUCUCUUAGGGUAAAGAAGCUGAUCCUAGCAGUUAUAGUAAAUAAUUAUUAUUACUAUUUUAUCCUCAAACAAAAUUACGCAGUUUGUAAUUAAUGUAAAUAAAAUGUAGGCAAGAUGGCUGCAGUUCCUUCAGUUCUGAAUACAAAAUGUAGGGGACUUGAAUCAGGCCAUGUAAAACUUCACUGCUCAUAUCUUCAAGAAAUGGGGUAUGGAAUGGGGUCAUUAUUGUUGGAACAGAAGCCUCUCUUAAUCUGUAGGCAAAUUAUCUAAGAUCUUAUAAGGCAAGUAGAAAAUGCAUGCUCCAGAGUCCAUCUGGAAGUAAGAAUAUGCUGUUAAUGUUAUAAUAUUUUAUGACCACAUUUAAUGAUCAAAACUGGCUAUUUGCAAAUAUCUUAGAUGUCAACUCAAGUAAUAUCAUAAAGAAGUGCAACAAAGAUCGUUGUGGAAUAAACUUUGAGUGCAAAGUCUUAAAAAUGUUAACAAUUGAAGUGGAGAUUUCAGUGUUCUACUUUCUGUAAUUUAUGUGAAAAAUAAAUUUGUGUGAAACACAAUUUGUGGAGCAUCCUUGAGUAUGCACGAAGUUAUUGAAUGUAACAAUAAAUAAAUGUUAAUGAAAAUAAUCAAUUUUUGAAACCAUAAUGGAACUGGAUUUAUAAAAAAUCUACUCACCAAGUGAUGGCAGGAGGGUUGAAGCAGAAGGAAGAAGGGUGAAGGAAAAGGAUGGGUGAGGUCUAGGAAUGAGGAGAGUUUGUAAAAGUUGCCCAGAACCUCGGGUCAUGGGAGCCACCAGACUUCUUAUCCCAUGCGGUUAGUCUCUCCUAACCCAGUGUUCUGGGAGACUUUCCUGAACUAUCCCAUUUCCUGAACCUCACCAGCCCUUCUCCUUCAACCCUUUUGCCAGGCUCCAAAAUCGUGCAAAUUUAAAUAUCCUUAUGUGUGUUCUGCCACUGCUUGGUUAAUGAAUGAAUGAAUGAAUGAAUGAAUAAACGUUAUAUUGUGACUGGUAUCA